AUUUGGAGGAAUAGUUCUGGGGUGAAAAGGGUCUGGGGCAAAGGAAGAUGGUGAGGAUAGAUACUAGAGGAGUCCUGGUGGCCUAAUUUUAGGAAGUUACUCAAGAAAGACAGAUGCCUGAGAAAAGCUGGUGAUAAUAAUAACAAAGACCCACUACAGGGUCCAUUGUGUAAAUGCACAGGAAUAAGCUAGGAAGUGGAUUAUCACUACCUGAUCUGUCAGCUGUCUUUGGAAUGAAACCUUUACUCCUCCUAUAGCCCUUGGCAACUUCCUGGCUGGAGAGGUAUGAAGGGACUUUUCAGGACUGACUCCUUAGAUCUAGUAGGUCUUUACAGUUCCAGCCUGACAACCCCACUAUCUCAAGAUUCUGAUAAAUUGUAGAAAAUAAGGACACUACGGAAGUGGUAAGAAAAUUCCCAUGUUGUAAUGUUAUGCUUGUUCUAAAUGAACUCAUUAAUUUAUUCGCUUUGUCUGAUUGUUUCUGUAUUCUUAACUUUCCGUCUUGAAUUAUUGAUUGGAUGGAAGGGAAAUCAAUAUGGAUAAUAGCUAGAAAUCCAACGAAGAUGAGUUGAAUGAAAGUGCAGCAAUGUUACAACAACCUGUUUAUUUUAUAUUUUUUAACACAGGAAAUUGUAAUAAUUUGGGAACCUGGGAAGUCCAAGAUCAAGGUGAUGGCUGAUUUUGUUCCCCGGCCUUCGGAUGUUCAGGACACCUGGCAAUCUUAGUAAGAUUGUUAUAGAAGCUUACAGAAGCCCAGUCUUGACAACUGUCCCCUCCUCCUGUGCUAUCAGUUUUGCUUGCGUUGUUCGGCAUACCUGGCAAUCUUAUUGGACUAGGUUCAAGACUGCUGGGUCAGCAGGUGGCAGUUCAUAUAAAGGAAGCACUGGGACUUGUGCUACAAGGCUAUACCCUUCAAGAAUAAAAAAAAAUUAGAAAAUGGAACCAACACGUGUAUUAUAUGAGGAAGAACAAGAGCUGGCACCACAGAAGAGCACAGAAGAAAGAAAACAGGCAGACGAAGAAGAUGGAGAGCUGAUCUUUGUUGGAGUGGAACAUGUAGAUGAUGAUGAUGCUGAGCUGAUCUUUGUUGGGGUGACUUCAGAUUCGAAACCAGUCAUUUCAAACAUUUUGAACAGAGUCACCCCAGGUUCAUGUUCAAGGAGAAGAAAAUAUGCUUAUCCUAGAAAAGAUACUGCUCACAAAAUACGGCCUGUAAGUCAUGUCACGCCUACGUCAGAAGCAGUGACUGUCUUGCCAGUUUCUGAAUCUGAAUCAAGAUUAACAAAUAGUCCUGUUAUUAUCAUUGAGCCUUUGUCUAAACCUGAUUGUAAAAGUAAUUCACCACAUGUUGUGCCUAAUAGCUCUUCAGAGUUAUGUUCUCCUUUGAUUACAUUUACAAGUUCAUUGCAGCAGCCAGUAGGAGCAGCACUUUCUGUAGGAAGUUGUGUAUCGAAGCAACUUGCCACUUCUGAAGUAAACAGCAUAAAUCCCAAAAGGCCUAAACUCAGUAAUGGAAUCACAGGGGGACAUUCUUCAGCUUUAUCCUCUUCAGGAAUCUUUCAUACAAUUACUCCUCAACAGACCACACCUUCAAAUGGUGUCCAUACCUCAUUAAGCCCUAUUCAGAAUGGAGCACCUUUUCCAACAGCUUAUCCAAAGGACAUUGUUCAUUUCAAGACUAUAAAUCCUGUUAGGGAAAAUAGACAGACAAAACCAGACUUUUCAAAUCUAGCAAGUCAAAACAAGACUGUUGAUCCCAAGAAAGGAAAUCUGAUCAUGUUACUUCAUGACUUUUACUAUGGACAGCAUGAAGGAAAUGGGCAGCCAGAAAAAAAGACCCACACAGCCUUUAAAUGCUUCAGCUGCUUGAAAGUUCUAAAAAAUGUCAAGUUUAUGAAUCACAUGAAGCAUCAUUUGGAACUUGAGAAGCAGAGGAGUGACAACUGGGAAGUCCACACCACCUGCCAGCACUGCCACCGGCAGUUUCCCAGUCCCUUUCAGCUGCAGUGUCACAUUGGAAGUGUGCACACUGCCCAGGAGCCCUCUGCUGUCUGUCGAAUUUGUGAAUUGUCAUUUGAAACAGAUCAGUUUCUCUUACAGCACAUGAAGGACAAUCACAAGCCUGGCGAAAUGCCCUAUGUGUGCCAGGUUUGCAGUUACAGAUCGUCAGUCUUUGCUGAUGUGGAAACACAUUUCAGAACAUGCCAUGAAAACACUAAGAAUUUGCUUUGUCCAUUUUGUCUCAAAAUUUUCAAAACAGCAACACCCUACAUGUGUCAUUAUAGAGGACACUGGGAAAAGAGUUUUCAUCAAUGUUCCAAAUGCCGACUACAGUUUUUAACUUUCAAGGAGAAAAUGGAGCACAAGACCCGGUGUCAUCAAAUGUUUAAGAAGCCUAAGCAACUAGAAGGGUUGCCUCCUGAAACUAAAGUUGUUAUUCAAGUAUCACUGGAACCUCGUCAACCGGGGUCAGUGGAAGUAGCAUCCAUUACUGUGAGCACAUCUGAUUGUGAAUCAUCACCGCUCAGGGCCUAAAAGUAGAAUUUAAAAAAACCUUGUGAAUCCCAGUUUCAGGAAAUCUAAAGCGAGUAUUUUAAUCAAAGUCAGAAACACCAUAAACAAAAAAUACAAACCAUACAUUAUUUAAUAGCUUAAAUAUGAGUUUUUAAUUAAUUAUAUAGUAUUAUUUGAUACGAUUUUUGACAUGUUAUUUAAAAAUGUAUUACCUGGAUUUUAUGUGACUGGAUGUGGCUUAACUCAUAAAAGGUGCUUGUGUGUAUGUAUGUAUGUAUGUGAAAAAAGUUGGAAACCUAUUUAUUAUUUUGCUAUUUCAUGUUACUUGUGUGUAACCUCUGCCUGUGUAUAGAGAGUUUAAGUAUUUAAUUUUAUUUUCUACUUUUCCCAUACCUUGAAGACUUUAAUGUUAACUCUAGUCAAAGUGGGAUGGCUUUGUUAUGGCAUAGUCCUGUUUGCUGCUGAACUCCCAGAAGUGCCUCUGUUGUGCUGGCCUAAAAUAAACCUGGCUCUGAAAGCCCGAAUGUGGAGAAGUUGAGCAAGAAGCUGCGGUGUGAAUGGGACCAGAAAGUGGGAAGUUAGUCAGUGGACAGCAGUGGCUCUUUCGCCCAGUUGAGAGAGAGGCACACAUUCACUUGUCUUGGAGCUAAGGCAUAAGGAAUUCUGUGCCAGAGUGUCUUUACCUAGCCCAUGUACAUCCAGGAAAGCAAGACCAUUGCAAUGGAAUGCCUGUGUUUGGUGAGGGGUCCCUGCAGACAUCAAACAACUAGUGUAUCACUGACUUCAGCUGAAGAAGCAGAGGUAGUUAAUAGAACAGUGCCUGGUGCCAGUGGACCUACUGUUGAGUGAUCCACAGGGGAAUUUGAUAUGUUCCUUCCCCUCUCCUUUCUCACUGGCCUUUAGUCAGAAUGAACUGUGUCACUCACAGCUACAGCAGUAAAGUUUCCCAAGGGAAAGAAGCUCUGGCAUCUAUAGUUUGAACUCUACUGGACCCAUAAUUUUAACUGAAAAGGGCCAAACAGAUUUUAUCUGUCCAGUUCAUGGACUGAGAGCUCAAUUUAGUUCUGUUAAGCUGGAAUGGGGGUUGUCUAAGAGCACAUGGUAUAGUGGAUAAAAAUAGACCAGAUGACUGACUAAACUUAAGCUGGUU